AUGGUGCUGCUCAGGCCCUUAGUGCUCCUUCUUGUUCUGAGUGUCUCUGACCUCCACAGCCUCCCCUGGUUCAUGAAUGUCUCUGAAAGCCAGGGCCCAGGCACUAUCCUUGAGUCUUUCUCCUUCAACUGCUCCUAUUACACGCCAACCCUGGAGUUGCUCUAUGUGCAGCCACCCACCACCUUCUUCAACCCACCCAGCCUGACUAGGAGGCAAGGCUCCUACUAUGUAGGCAAGGUCACCCUCAGCAGUUCGGUUUGGCUUGAUGCUCUAGCAGUGAACCACUACAAACUGCAGCUGCGAUUCACAUGUGGCAACCACGUGACAGAGGGGCCGCUGUUUUUGGAUGUGCAGCGGGACCCCAAUCAUAUCCAGUGUGCUGGCCAAUUUGCCAGCCCAGCUGGAGAGAUCAUUCAGGUGCCAGAGACAAUUGCACCAGGGGCCCGGCUGUAUACUCUGCUGCUUCCGGGCCUGGAACUCCAGGGAACUCAGAAGAGCAUCAUCAGUGCCCAGGACCCUCCACACUUUCCUGGAUCUUUCUCCAUCAAUCAACAAGGUUGGCUGCAGGCACCAGCCCAGGGCCUCAAAGGUCAGGCUCAAAAAGUCUUCCAGCUCCGGAUCUUGGUGACCUUCGGACAAGGCAGAAACUGCGAGGGGAUGCUGACAGUGAAGGUUUUACCUGUUCCCUCCAAUGAAGUGUCCUUUCUGAAGCAAGCCCAGAACAUCACCAUUCCUGAGAACCUAGCUCCCGGAAGUGAAGUGGUUCAGGUCCGGGCCCGAGGCUUCGAUGUGCGCUACGAAAUCCUCUCCCCGGUGCCUUGCCAGCUCUACUCCAUUGGACAUGCGGACGGCUUGGUCCGUCUCACCGCGCCCCUGGAGUUAGCGCGGGCCCCAGGCGCGGUGGUCACCAGGCUGCAGGUGAGGGCUUUCGAGCGACUCCGGCCGUGGGCCAGCUCUGAGCUCAAUCUCACAGUCAACGUGCGGUCGGUCAACCGCUGGCCUCCGCGUUGCCUCCCCGCACUGGUGGUGACUCAAAUCCCCGAGACAGCGCCUGUGGGCACUGUGUUGAACAUCCUCACUUGCACGGACCCGGACUCAGCGAGCGCCACCUUCGACUACCAGUUGUGGUUCCAAAACCCUCCCAGCCCGGCUAGCUUCUGCCUUCGCGACAGAGUCCUGGAGGUGAACACUACGCUGGAUUGUGACACUCCUGGGGCCUGUUUCCAGCAUACAGCUUCCAUUCUGGUGUUUGAUGAUGGUCAGCCCCGGAUGACCACUGAGGUGCCAGUACUGGUGAUGGUGACACCUGUCAAUGAGUUCUCUCCAACCUGUGCCCCACGCACGUUCCGGGUCCGUGAGGAUGCAAGGCCCCACAUGCUGCUGGGUUCUGUAGUGGGCAUGGACAUGGAUUACCCACAAGACAGCAUUGAGUACUACACCUCUGAUGGGCCUGCCAUCUUUACUGUGGACCGUCUUAGUGGGGAGGUUCACCUCCUGGGGCCUUUGGACUACGAGCAGCAGAAGUUGUAUAGGCUUACUGUCCAGCUGAUUGACCAUGGCCAAGACCAGGACCCCACCUGCCACCGCUCAGGCUCCUGCACCAUUACUAUCGAGGUUGAGGAUGUGAAUGAACAUGCACCUGAGUGUGAGCCCCCAUUCCAGGAACUCACCAUCCACACAACCCCUGGCCAUCGUGUGGAAGUGACCAAAGUGUUAUGCCGGAUCCCCCAGGAGCCACAGCGCCUAACCUUCUCCUACAGCAUUGUGGGAGGGAAUAGCCAGAGCCAAUUCAACAUGCAAGGUGCUGCCUUGGUGCACAGUGACCCCAUGUUGGGGCCACCCUGGUCACAACAGCCCCAUACCUAUGAGCUAUUGAUCUGUGUGGCUGAUGCAGGCCCCUUCACCCCCCACCUCAGCACCACAGCCACCAUCAUUGUGCAUCUAGUUCCCUGGAGAACCAGCACCGUGACCACCAGCACCUACAGAGCCACUAUGCCCUCAGCGAUGACACCCCUGCUUGUGACAGACACAGAGGCUUUCUGGAAGCCAGAGCCCUGGUUUGUGGUGGUGCUGACAGUGACUGGUGUCCUUCUCCUCUUGGCUCUGAGCUGGCUCCUCAGCAGGCUCCUCAGGGGGGUAGCCCUGGUGUUUCAGACAACAAAUAAGCCAGCCCAGGCUCUGCUGCUGAACAGUUCCAACAUUCAGGGAACUAAAGAGUCCACUGAUGGGUUCAUGGAGGCACUGAGGACAGAAAUAUCCCAGACACCCAACAGCAUCACGAACCUGCAGCCUUUUGAUGGCAGAGCACAGGAUCCCCGUACAGGCAGAGAAUACUUGUUCAACACGUACACAGGAGCCCGGCGCUGGCUCUGA